AUGUCCGUCAUUGAAAUUAAUGCUGUAAGAGUGUUUUCUUUUGCCUUUUUUGCUCGAUACGCAUUUCCUUUAUCAUCAACUGUUUUCCUUAUUGCUAAAAGAAAAUUUUGCGUGUAUCGUUUGGAUCCGCCUUAUGCAACAAAUAAAUAUCAAACAAAUAUAUACAGCCUUUUUGGCAUUGGAGUGACCGAUUGGGAUGAAAUUGCCUGGUAUGAUUUCGUGGGAAUGGAAAAGGAUGAUCAUCGUCCACCCAUGGUCAUGACCAUGAAUAUCACUACCAUUACCUAUCAUCAGUCAUGUCAAUCAGCUUCAAACAAUAUCAACGGUUAA